UACAACCAUAGAAAAUGAUCAAAUCAAUGACAAUGAAUGAUCCAUUCGGAUAGGGUAAUUAAAUAUACGUGUAUAAUAAUCACAAUGUUUGAUAAUAUAAGUGUAAAUGUUAUGUUCGUUACUGCAUCUAAAUAUCAUGUAUCACAGUUUUCUAUUUCACUGAUGAUAUUCUUAUUUCAUAUUAUUAUUGUUGUUAUUACUUAAAAUGAAUACCAUCAAUACAUUUUAUGUACAACAUUGUGUUUUAAGUAGUGCCAAAUCAUUUACACGUUUUCCUCACAAGGCCAAAGGUAGGUCAUGUGAUCCAAGAAAAUGUCAGUUGCAGUCAUAGUCACACAAAACAACAACAACAUGAUAGCUGAAUCAUAUAAAAUACCACAAAUUCAUUUCAACACAUAUUAUCUGUACAUGUUCAUUUAUCCUAAAAAUAGAGCAUACAGUACUGGUGAAUGUCAGUUCUUCUCCAAGGAGAGCAGACGUGUUCCCCAUCGACGUGUUACAUAACAAUACACACUCGUGGAACUAAGUGAGGCGACAAAUGUUAAAGUUCAUUGGAUAAUGCCACUUUGUUUUUCUGUUGAGAGGACCUGCGGGGGGUUGUCACGGUGGUCUGUUUGAAUCUGUUGUAGAAAAUCUGUCUUGAUUUUGUCAUGAGUUUAACGCUCAAGUGCUAUCAAAGGAAGUCGAUGAUUUUCAUAGACAGUGCAUUUGUGCCUUGAUCUUGUGUUUUGUUUAUUAUGUUUUUUUUUUUUGCAGCAUCAUAAAAAUAAUAAGGUGAUACAUUAACAGAAGAAAUUGCUACAGCCACUUAGAUUAGUUAAUAUACAGUCCAUUCUAAGGAAAAUACUCAUUUUAAAAGCACAUAUAAUUCCGUGUAGUUUUAUUUGUUGUGCAUGUGUGUGUGCUUAACUAGAAAGUCUCUGAGGGAUGCACCACAUGAACCCCCCCACUGCGAUAGAGCUCUCUGAGCUGCUGCUCAAAGACAGACGACUCAUAGGACAUGUCAAUCAAGUGUGGUCCAACCUUUACAUUUGCAAUAAAUAUUUGCGCGCGCGCGCGCGCACACACACACACACACACACACACACACUAACCCGACUUAAUCCAUAUAUUAAUACCACCGGAUUGCAAACAUAGACACCAUCAAUACGUUAUAAAAAUUGCGAAAUAACAGCAAGGAACGGUGCCAUUUACAUCAUCCGGAGCAGUUCAGUCCUUUCAUCUUAAGUCACAUUCCAUGUACCGGGAAGUAGCCUGCUAUCUAGCGAACACAAAGGCGAAUCACCACAAUAUUGGCACUCUACGAUUUAUUUCCCAUUUGAAUUGGAAUAUGUGUUCUACCCUUCCAUAUAAUGUAAUUCUCCACGAACCAGGAAAUAGCCUGCUAGUUUACACACAAUUACUUUAUUUUUAAUGAAGCUGUUAUAUUUCUGGGUACCAACUCAAACAAAAAACAAAUGUGACAAUAGUGUAUUAGUUCUACAAAUGGUUCGCGAUCUGCUGUUAGCUGAGCUCAAACACAUUUGUUUAAAACAUGCGAGAUUCUUAACAUGACUGUGAUGUAACACGUCGCUACCUUUAAACAUUUUGUGUGCCUCGUAUUCACUGUCAUUCACUACAGGAGGUGUCACAAGGUUUGAAACAAGCAGUUGUUGUCACGCUGAUGUGGGGGGUCAUGGCGGGCAGAGGCCUAAAAAUAUCACGUGAAACACAGAGAGAGCAGUUAGCAUGUGUCCUCAUGCCGACUGUGAAGGAACAGGUCCUGUUUGGAAACAAAUCACAAAUUUCACACGACUGCAGUACGUAUAUGACAGGUGAACCAUGUCCUCCUGUGGAGUAAAAUCAAGAGGAAAGAACCCCUACAUGGCAGUUCAAGUGGACCCAGACAGUGAUUACAUCACACCAGGUACUCUAGACCUGGAGCAGCUUUUCUGGACUGGCAGCGGUGUUCAAUAUGCACACUUCAACCAAGUCUGGCCCAAUGUCUUCAUCGGGGAUGAGAAGACGGCUCUGGAGCGACCUGGUCUGAAGGAGCUGGGUAUCACGCAUGUGUUGAAUGCUGCGGAGGGGAAGUACAACAAUGUGCUGACUGGUGCAGAAUAUUACACAGACAUGGACAUCCAGUAUUUUGGGGUGGAGGCCGACGACAAACCCACGUUCAACAUCUCGCAGUUCUUCUACCCGGCGACACGGUUCAUCAGCGAGGCCCUGGGACAACCACAGAACAAGGUGUUGGUGCACUGCGUGAUGGGUCGCAGCAGGUCAGCGUCACUGGUCUUGGCCUACCUGAUGAUGGAGCAAGGCUUAACAGUGGUGGACGCCAUCGAGCAUGUGCGACGCCGCCGUUGCGUCCUCCCCAACCACGGUUUCCUGAAACAGCUCAGAGCUCUGGACAUCACACUGCAAGAGGAGAAGCUAAGACUAAAACGACAAAAGACGCAAGAUCAACAGUCGUGAUUGGGAUCACAUUUUAAAAGGGGUUUGGGGUCCACUGAGUUUCAUAUCUCAUUUUUGUCUCAGCAACCUGCUUUCUUGUAGCAGUGAACGUGUUGAGUAAAUGUGCAAGUGAUGUGUGGUUGUUAAGUGGUACUAUAGGUUGGGAGGAUGUUGUUAUAGAGGACAUCAGUGGAGAUACAGUAACUUAAGAAAAAGGAAGAAUCAUUUCUAGAUUUUAGACUACUUUU